AUGUCCCUUCAACCUUCUGCGGCGGCUCGUCGAGCGAACCGCAUAACAAUAUGGCCGACUGCUUUCGGCGAAGAUAUAGAGCUCAGUGCACCAUGGCCUGGCCGAUUCAGCACCCAACAGGCGGAUAAGAGAUGGACGGGGGCAUUCGAUGUCGAGGCUCGCGCCAAUCGUAUGAGUCACAUGGUUGGCAACUCUCUGCUACCUUCCUCCGCUCCCCGUGACCACAGAAUAUGGCCCGGGCAAAGCAGAGGAAACCGCACAACGUGGAUCGACGACCGAACGUACCAAGACGAUGCUCAACUGUGGGAUGGAUCAUUCGAGGUGGAGAAGAGAGAAUCAUGGAUCAGCCGCACCCCAGAUCGUCUAUCGGAUGGCUUUGAGAUCGAGAAAGAGAAGGCAAAGUGGAAGCAGCCCCUCACCAAAGAGCAGCUCGACCAAGCUGAUUCAGCUCUCGUCUCCGUGGAUAUACUCAAUCACGAUUUUGAGGGCUACGGCACUCCUGAGCAACCAUAUCUUGUGCGAUGGAUCGAGAACGACCCAGCAAACCCGAUGUUGUUCCCCAAGUCGAGGAAGUGGACAAACGCAAUGGUGCUUGCCUUCGCCGUCUUCAUGGUUUCGAUAGCAUCUUCAGGAUUCUCACAAGGCACCGCCGAUAUCAAGAGCGAGUUCAAUGUUGGCCAGACGGUCGCCUUGCUUAUGACGUCUCUCUUCGUGCUGGGUUUCGCUGUUGGUGCUCUGGUCUUAUCACCUCUCAGCGAAGUGUACGGCCGCCGUGAGCUGUACGUGUGGACGUUCGCUGCCUUCGUCGUUACAUCUGGAGUCAUCGGCCUAGCCCCUUCUAUCUCAUUUGUUCUGGCAUUUCGAAUGCUUGGUGGCCUGGCUGGCUCAUUCACCCAAGCAGUCGCACCUGCGGUCAUCGCCGACAUGUUCCAGGCCCAGGAGAGAGGAUUCGUGCUCAGCAUCUUCACAUUAGCCGGCUUGAUGGGUCAAAUGCUUGGCCCAAUCGCUUGUGGUUUCCUUGACGCUGCUUAUGGCUGGCGCUCUUUAGGUGUCAUGAUCGCAUGCGCCUCAUUCCCAACCUGGGUCAUCCUUACUCUUACCUUCCCGGAGACCUAUGCCCCCGUCUUACUCAAGAAAAGGGCCCAGAAACUCACCAAGAUAACUGGGAAGGUUCAUAUCGUUGACGGCAUGCAGGAGGAGAAGACCAUUGGAACCCAGCUCCGAGUUGGAGCCCUUCGACCUUGGGUCAUCCUCAUAUACGAGCCCAUCGUCACCCUCUUGAGUCUCUUCCUGUCUGUCGUUCAUGGAACCCUCUUUCUGCUCUUCGCUGCCUACCCGAUUGUAUUUCAACAAGUGCGCGGUUGGCCUCAAGGCGUGGCAUCCCUACCAUUCCUUGCAAUCGCCCUUGGCAUUGUCAUCUCGCUUUUCUACGUUGCCCUCGUCGACCAGAAGCGUUAUGCCAAGCUCGUCGAGAAGCACCACGGCAUGGUGCCACCAGAGGCUCGUUUGCCUCCGGCCAUGCUUGGCUCCAUAGCUCUACCUAUAGGCCUCUUCUGGUUCGCCUGGACUAACGACCCUUCUACAUUCUGGCUUAUCAGCGUCAGUGCUGGAGUCUUCUUUGGCUUUGGAAUGGUGCUGCUUUACAUGAGCCUCACCAACUAUAUUGUCGACGCCUACCUCGGAUAUGCUGCAUCUGCUUUGGCAGCUAGUACCGUCCUUAGAUCAAUCGCUGGUGCCGUCUUUCCUCUGUUCACCGCUCAGAUGUAUACGUCACUUGGCAUUCACUGGGCGUCUAGUGUCCCUGGCUUUCUUGCGCUAGUCUUCGUUCCUUGUCUAGUGAUGUUUUACAAGUAUGGUCACAUCAUCCGUAGCAAGACCAAAUUCGGACAAGAGGCUGCCAGGCUGGCUGCCAUGAUGGACGGUAGAAAGUAG